CAUUGCAGACCACAACCAUGCACAUCAGGAGCGGACGCGGUGACGACCUACCGUGGGGAGUUUGUUGUUUUUAAGAAUGAAUGGCUUUGGCGAGUGGUCAACGACGGUCGAGCAGUCUACGGUCCAAGCUUGAUUUCCGAGGUCUUUCCCGGAUUGCCGCAAAAAAUAGACGCCGCUGUUGAGAUACGUGGCAAAAAUUUCUGGAUAUUCUCGGAAAGAAGUCAAGUACAAGGUCCUCAACCACUCACUAAUUUGGGACUCCCGGAAACCUUGCUCAGCGUUCGACUAGCAUAUCAAUGGCAUUAUUUUGACCCACCCGCCACUUACCUGUGGUCCGAACAUGAGUACUGGAAAUUGGAUGUUCGGAUAAGGAAAGUCGAAGACUCCUAUGCUCGUUUCAUUAGCUUAAAUUGGAAACACGUACCACAAGGCUCUACGGCUGCAUUCAGUUGGAGAAAGGAGCUAUACUUUAUGCGAGGUGAUAUGGUGUUCAGAAUGAACACCUCUGACUAUCGACUUCCAAUUUCAAGAGGAUUUCCAAUUCCGAUCUCGGAAUUUUGGCCAUUCUGCGAGGGAGAACGUCAAUCAGCACGACUAACAGCUGAACAAACCAACUCUGCACCGACUUUAUCUUCUUUUACCGUAAUUAUUUUUGUUCUCGUCUUUUCUCCAUAA